CGCCUUCUGCCUGGAGGCUCCGUUCCGCACGCCCGGCUGAGCGGGAGACCCGGCUCCGCAGAGGACUCGUCAGCAUCAGCGUCCGGGGACGCGUCCCGGGGGGCUCUGCUUUGGGGACGCUGCCGGGGAGACAGGCUUUAUUUCCCGCUGACUGUAUGGAGAAAUUCUGACUUUGGAAAGUGGAAAUGAGGUUGCUAUGGAAACUGGUAAUUCUGCUACCUCUCAUACAAGCUUGUGCAGGGGACGGUCCUUUCAGCCCUCCCGUCUUCACCCAGGAGCCGUGGGAUGUCGUUUUCCCUUUGGGUUUGUCACAGUCCGAAGUCACCCUGAAAUGUGCUGCGACGGGCUACCCUCCUCCCCGUUACAGGUGGAGGCAAAAUGGCAGAGACCUCGACUUCUCCACGAGUUCUCGCUACAGGCUGGACAGCGGCAGCCUGGCCAUCGGCCACCCGCGCCCGGAUCGGGACAGGGGCACGUACCAGUGCCUGGCCACCAACCUGCUGGGCACGGCUCUGAGUCGGAAGGCCCAGCUCCAAUUUGCAUCUACAGGAGGAGGCGUCCGAGUCCCUGCUGCUCUGAGUAAAACCCGCCCCUCAGCUCCACACCCUUCUAGCAGACGGAAGGCCCCCCGCAAGCCCCCACGACACACGUCCCUGCCCCGACUUUGCCUGGACAGCACCGUGCGCCGGGCCCUCCCUGUGCUCUCCAGAGCGCUGCUUGGACCCAACGCAAAGUGCACUGCGGGGCCCCUGCCCUCCCCGGCCUCCUGGUGGCUCCGGGAGAGAGCCUAUGGCCCGGCGACUCUGGGCCGUCGGCAGGCGUCUCCUGCUGGUCGCUGGAGCGGAGCCUUCAUGACCGAACUUGUGCCUCCGCUCCUGCCAAGUGCUGCCACCAGCACCAGCAAUAAAACCGCAGGGCUGGGGACGCCCCGGUCAUCAGAGCGGCCCGAGAGCGACCUCGGCCACGGGUCGUUCGCAGCAGCCGGCACAGCGGACCCGCCCGAGCUCAAGGGCGGCCCGGCGGUCACCUUCGCGGCCCAGGGGAGUUUUUCCAAGCGUGAUUUAUCUUACGCGUGGACCUUCAACGAUAACCCUUUACAGGUCCAAGAGGACAACAGGCGGUUUGUUUCCCAGGAGACGGGCAACCUGUACAUCGCCAAGGUGGAACCGUCCGACGUGGGCAACUACACCUGCUUUGUGACCAACAGGGAGGCGCGGAGAAGCGUCCGGGGACCGCCCACGCCCCUGGUGCAGCGCCCCGACGGUGUGAUGGGGGAGUAUGAACCAAAGAUUGAAGUGCGUUUCCCCGAAACUAUACAAGCCGCAAAGGAUUCGUCUGUAAAACUGGAAUGCUUUGCCCUUGGAAACCCAGUCCCCGAUAUUAGUUGGAGGAGGCUGGACGGAAGCCCGUUGCCAGGGAAAGUCACGUACAGCAAAUCCCGGGCUACCCUUGAAAUCCCGAACUUUCAACAGGAGGAUGAGGGCUCCUACGAGUGCGUCGCCGGCAACCCGCGCGGGAGGAACCUGGCGAGGGGCCGCCUCGUCUCCUACGCCCCUCCAGAAUGGGAACAAAAAAUCCAGAACACAUACCUGUCUAUUUACGACAGCUUGUUUUGGGAAUGCAAGGCCAGUGGAAAGCCUAGCCCCUGGUACACGUGGCUAAAGAAUGGUGAGCGACUCAAUCCAGAGGAAAGAAUUCAGGUAGAAAACGGGACACUCACCAUAGCGAUGCUGAACGUGUCCGAUUCCGGCGUCUACCAGUGCGCUGCGGAAAACAGACACCAGAGCAUUUAUGCCAACGCAGAGCUGAGAGUGUUGGCUUCAGCUCCUGAUUUCUCCAAAAACCCCAUUAAAAAAGCCUCAGUUGUUCAAGUUGGCGGGGAUGUUGCCAUCGAGUGCCUACCCCGGGCUUUCCCGAGGGCCACGGUCUCCUGGAGGAGAGGCGCGCAGGGCCUGGGGCCCAGCAGACGAGUCUUCCUCUUGGAGGACGGAAGCCUGAAGAUACACAACGUGACCAGGUCAGACGCCGGGCCCUACACCUGUGUGGCCACGAAUCAGUUCGGGGUGGCCAGGAGCACAGGCAUCCUCCUCGUGAAAGAGCGGACGGUGAUCACGGUCCCGCCUUCCCCCAUGGACGUCACCGUGGGCGAGAGCAUAGUCCUGUCCUGCCAGGUGUCUCACGACCCCUCCGUGGAGGUCGAAUUCCUCUGGUCUGUCGACGGACACACCCUAGACCUAGAAAAGGGCGCGGCGCAUUUCGAAAGGAUCGGAGGAGGCUCCGUGGGGGAUUUGAUGAUAAGGGACAUUCAGCUAACUCACUCCGGGAAAUACCUGUGCAGGGUACAAACCGCCCUCGAGAGCCUGUCUGCCGUCGCCGAAAUCCUUGUCAGAGGCCCCCCAGGUCCCCCCGAGGACGUCCGAGUGGACCACAUUUCCAGCACCACUUCUCACCUCAGCUGGCGGCCAGGGCCCGACAGUAACAGCCCCAUUCAAAUAUUCACCGUCCAGGCUCGGACACCGUUCUCCGUGGGCUGGCAGGCUGUUCCCACCGUUCCAGAAAUUCUCAAUGGUCAGACAUACAACGCGACCGUGGUGGGUCUGAGUCCCUGGGUGGAGUACGAGUUCCGCGUCCUGGCUGGAAACAGCAUUGGGAUCGGGGAGCCGAGUAAACCAUCAGAACUGCUGAGAACCAAAGCUUCAGUCCCCGUCGUGGCUCCAACCAACAUCCAGGGAGGCGGGGGAAGCCGCUCGGAGCUCGUCGUUACGUGGGAGCCCGUCCCAGAAGAACUGCAGAACGGAGGCGAAUUCGGCUACGUGGUCAUGCUGAGGCCCGUGGGCUCCACCGCCUGGAUCCAGGAGAGAGUCCCCUGGGUGGAGUCCUCACGGUUCGUGUACAGAAACGAGAGCGUCACCCCCCUCUCCCCCUUCGAAGUCAAAGUGGGCGUGUACAACAGCGAAGGGGAGGGGGCCCUGAGCACCGUGUCCAUCCUCUACUCGGGGGAAGACGAGCCUCAGCUGGCCCCAAGAGGAACCUCUGUCCAGAGCUUCUCUGCCUCGGAAAUGGAGGUUUCGUGGAUGGCCAUCGCCUGGAACAGAAACACCGGGCGCGUGCUGGGCUACGAGGUCUUGUACUGGACGGACGACCCCAGGGAACCCGUGAUCGGUAAGAUCAGAGUCCGCGGAAACGUCACCGCCAAGACCAUCACAGGGCUGAGGGCCAACACCGUCUACUUUGCCUCCGUCAGAGCCUACAACACCGGCGGGACGGGGCCCUCCAGCCCCCCGGUCAACGUCACGACCAAGAAGUCCCCUCCGAGCCAACCCCCAGCUAACAUUGCGUGGAAGCUGACAAACUCCAAAUUAUGCCUGAACUGGGAGCACGUGAAAACCAUGGAAAACGAAUCUGAAGUGCUCGGCUACAAGAUCCUAUACCGGCAAAACCGACAGAGUAAGACCCACGUGUUGGAGACAAACAACACGUCGGCUGAGCUGCUGGUCCCGUUCGAAGAGGACUACCUGAUUGAGAUUAGGACAGUCAGCGAUGGCGGGGACGGAAGCAGCAGCGAGGAGAUCAGGAUUCCAAAAAUGUCCAGUUUGAGCUCCAGAGGAGGUCCAGUUGCAGAACCCAGCGUCCACUUCCUGUCCCUGGUCAUCACCACUUUUUACUGGUUUGCUCUUCAGCCGCUUACACGAUGAAUCCAUACAUCCUGUGAGGCGUCUGAAGGCGUGUCGUUCUGUACAUACGCUCCCCAGCCCCCGCCCGAGAUACAUUCUUAUCACAGACUUGUUUGGAAAGAAAAAACAUGUAUAUUAUUAAGAUCUUGUAAAUAUCUAUGGUACAGUAAUAAAGCAAUUUUAAACCCUUUGAAUUUAAAGUCUGCACAUGAUUGCACUCAUUCCAAAGGUGCCAAAUUAAUCUGUGGACUUUAACUGCUCUGGCUUUCAAGUGACUUAUAGGCAGAGUAUAAAUAACUCCCCUUGAUGACGAUGAUAAAUUGAACUAGAUUGCAGCUAUCAUAGCUAAAAUGUACAUUUUUACAUGCUCUCGGCAA